GGCUGAGGAGGGCGCGAGCCCAGAGCGAGGCGGCUUUUCUCGGGCGGCGACGGCGCCGCAUCCCUCGGGGACGCCGCGGGACUUGGCCGCGCGGGAGGCGGAGGAGGCGGCUGAGGGGCGCCGCGCGGACACCAUGAAGUUGCUGCCGGCUUGGCUGCUGCUGCUGCUGCUGCUCCUGCUCCGGCCGGGCCGGGGGGGCGCCCAGCCCUGCCCGCCGCCCUGCUCCUGCUCCGGCCCCAGCGUGGACUGCCACGGGCUGGCCCUGCGCACCGUCCCCAGGAACCUGCCCCGCCACGCCGAGAGGCUGGAUCUUAAUGGAAAUAAUAUCACAAGGAUCACAAAAACGGAUUUUGCUGGUCUAAGACAUCUUCGUGUUCUUCAACUCAUGGAAAACAAGAUAACUACAAUUGAGAGAGGAGCAUUUCAAGACUUAAAAGAGUUGGAGAGACUGAGGCUAAAUAGAAAUAAUCUUCAACUUCUCUCUGAGUUGCUGUUUCUCGGGACCCCCAAACUCUACAGACUGGACCUCAGUGAAAACCAGAUACACGCCAUCCCAAGGAAGGCUUUCCGGGGAGCUGUUGACAUUAAAAAUCUGCAGCUGGAUUUCAACCAGAUCAGCUGUAUUGAAGAUGGGGCAUUCAGAGCACUGCGGGAUCUGGAAGUACUCACUCUCAACAAUAACAACAUCACACGACUCUCGGUGGCAAGCUUCAACCAUAUGCCGAAACUCAGAACCUUCCGGCUUCACUCCAACAACCUGCAGUGUGAUUGCCACUUGGCUUGGUUAUCGGAUUGGCUACGUCAACGACCCCGAGUCGGCCUUUACACUCAGUGUAUGUCCCCGUUACACUUACGCGGACAUAACAUAGCUGAAGUUCAGAAACGAGAAUUCAUCUGCAGCGGUCACCAGUCUUUUAUGGCUCCCUCCUGUAGUGUGUUGCACUGCCCCGCUACGUGUACCUGUAGUAACAACAUUGUGGAUUGCCGAGGGAAAGGCCUUACUGAAAUCCCCACCAAUCUUCCGGAAGCCAUUACAGAAAUACGACUGGAGCAAAAUUCAAUCAAGGUCAUUCCACCUGCAGCUUUCUCACCCUACAAAAAGCUCAGACGAAUUGAUCUGAGCAAUAAUCAAAUCUCAGAGGUAGCCCCAGACGCCUUCCAGAGUCUCCGCUCACUUAAUUCCCUGGUUCUCUAUGGAAACAAAAUUACCGAACUUCCCAAGGGUCUUUUUGAAGGACUUUUCGCUCUUCAAUUGCUAUUAUUAAAUGCUAACAAGAUCAACUGCCUGCGGGUGGAUGCUUUCCAAGACUUACAUAAUUUGAACCUUCUCUCUUUGUAUGACAAUAAGCUUCAGACCAUUGCGAAGGGCACUUUCUCUCCUCUCCGAGCAAUUCAGACGCUGCACUUGGCUCAGAACCCGUUCAUUUGUGACUGUCAUCUGAAGUGGCUAGCAGAUUAUCUCCAUGUAAACCCCAUUGAGACGAGCGGGGCUCGCUGCAGCAACCCCCGGCGGUUGGCCAACAAAAGGAUUGGGCAGAUCAAAAGCAAGAAAUUUCGUUGUUCAGGCACAGAAGAUUACAGGUCCAAACUGAGCGGCGAUUGCUUUGCGGACUUAGCUUGCCCUGAAAAAUGCCGUUGCGAAGGCACGACGGUGGAUUGUUCCAAUCAGAAGCUCAACAAAAUCCCCGAGCAUAUUCCGCAGUACACGGCAGAACUGAGACUUAAUAACAAUGAAUUUACAGUGCUGGAAGCCACUGGGAUCUUUAAGAAGCUUCCCCAGCUGCGUAAAAUAAAUCUAAGCAAUAACAAGAUCACUGAUAUUGAAGAAGGCGUAUUUGAAGGAGCUGCUGGAAUCAAUGAACUUUUGCUAACCAGUAACAGGCUGGAAAAUGUACGACACAAAAUGUUGAAAGGGCUGGAAAGUCUGAAGACUUUAAUGCUCAGGAGCAACCGAAUUAGCUGUGUGAGCAACGACAGCUUCACAGGUUUGAGUUCUGUCCGACUGCUCUCCUUGUACGACAAUCAGAUAACUACAGUAGCUCCCGGUGCCUUUGACACCCUUCAUUCUCUCUCCACGCUGAACCUCUUAGCCAACCCCUUCAAUUGCAACUGCCAUUUAGCGUGGCUGGGUGAGUGGCUGCGGAAGAAGCGGAUUGUGACGGGCAACCCUCGCUGCCAGAAGCCUUACUUCCUCAAGGAGAUCCCCAUACAGGAUGUUGCCAUUCAGGAUUUCACCUGUGAAGAUGGGAAUGAUGACAACAGUUGCUCUCCCUUGUCCCGCUGUCCUGCCGAAUGCACCUGUCUGGAUACCGUCGUCCGUUGCAGUAACAAAGGCCUGAAGGCUCUACCUAAAGGCAUCCCAAAAGAAGUGACCGAACUUUAUUUAGAUGGAAACCAGUUCACACUUGUUCCCAAAGAAUUAUCAAACUACAAGCACUUAACUCUGAUAGAUUUAAGCAACAACAGGAUCAGUACUCUCUCGAACCAGAGUUUCAGUAACAUGACCCAGCUACUCACUUUAAUUCUCAGUUACAAUCGGCUCAGAUGUAUCCCAACACGGACUUUUGAUGGCUUGAAAUCACUUAGGCUGCUGUCUUUACAUGGCAAUGACAUCUCUGUUCUUCCUGAAGGUGCUUUUAAUGACCUUUCCGCAUUAUCUCAUCUAGCGAUUGGAGCGAACCCCCUCCACUGUGACUGCCACAUGCAAUGGCUCUCCGACUGGGUAAAGUCCGAAUACAAGGAGCCGGGCAUCGCCCGAUGUGUCGGUCCCGGAGAAAUGGCCGACAAACUCCUUCUCACCACGCCCUCCAAAAAAUUCACCUGUCAAGGUCCGGUGGAUGUCACUAUUCUUGCCAAAUGCAGCCCCUGCUUAUCCAACCCUUGCAAAAACGAUGGAACUUGUAACAAUGACCCGGUUGAUUUCUACAGCUGUUCCUGUCCUUACGGCUUCAAGGGUCGAGACUGUGAGGUCCCCAUCCAUGCCUGUAUCAGCAGCCCAUGUAAAGAAGGCGGGACUUGUCACUUAAAAGAAGAUGAAAAGAAUGGAUUUUGGUGUGCCUGUGCCGAUGGAUUUGAAGGUGAAAACUGUGAAGUGAACAUUGAUGAUUGUGAAGAUAACGAUUGUGAAAACAAUGCCACCUGUAUAGAUGGAAUAAACAACUACACUUGCCUUUGUCCUCCAGAAUACACAGGGGAGCUGUGUGACGAGAAGUUAGACUUCUGUGCUCAGGACCUGAAUCCUUGCCAGCAUGAUUCCAAGUGCAUUCUGGCCCCCAAAGGAUAUAAGUGCAGUUGCACACCUGGAUAUGUUGGGGAACAUUGUGAUAUUGACUACGAUGACUGCCUAGACAACAAAUGUCGAAAUGGAGCUCAGUGCACGGAUGCCGUGAAUGGUUAUACGUGUAUUUGCCCUGAAGGCUACAGCGGACUUUUCUGUGAGUUUUCGCCACCGAUGGUCUUGCCUCGCACCAGCCCGUGUGAUCACUAUGAAUGUCAGAACGGAGCCCAGUGCAUUAUGAAGGCCAACGAGCCAAACUGCCAAUGCCUGUCUGGUUACCAAGGGGAGAAAUGCGAAAAGCUAGUCAGCAUAAACUUCGUCCAGAAAGAAACGUACCUGCAAAUCCCGUCAACCAAGAUUCACUCGCACACCAAUAUCACCCUCCAGAUUUCCACAGAUGAAGACAGUGGGAUUCUGCUGUAUAAAGGUGACGAUGAUCACGUAGCCAUGGAGCUCUACCGGGGACGUGUACGAGUCAGUUAUGACGCAGGAACGUAUCCAGUAUCUGCCAUCUACAGUGUCGAGACCAUCAAUGAUGGAAAAUUCCACAUGGUGGAACUAUUAGUAAUGGACCAGAUUCUGUCGUUAUCUAUUGAUGGAGGAAACCCCAAAACCAUCACCAACCUGUCUAAACAAUCUACUUUGAAUUUUGACUCCCCGUUUUAUGUUGGAGGUAUGCCGGUGAAGGAAAACGUGGCUGCAUUGCACCAACCUCUAGGGCAAAAUGCCACCAGCUUCCACGGCUGCCUCCGAAAUCUCUUCAUCAACAGCGAGCUGCAAGAUUUCAGGAACGUCCCGUUGCAAGUUGGGAUCCUCCCAGGCUGCGAACCUUGUCUGAAGAAGGUGUGUGUCCACGGCACUUGCCACGUGACCGGCCAGUCCGGCUUUACCUGCGAGUGCGAUGAGGGAUGGAGCGGCUCGCUCUGCGACCAGGAAGCCAGCAGCCCUUGCCUGGGGAACAAAUGUGUACAUGGUACCUGCUUGCCAAUCAAUGCCUUUUCAUACAGUUGUCAAUGCCUGCAGGGAUACGGAGGCGUCCUCUGCGAUGAAGACGGGGAGGUGUUUAACCCCUGCCAGCCCCUCCGAUGCAAACAUGGUAAAUGCAGGCUUUCAGGCCUUGGAAAACCAUAUUGCGAGUGCCACAGCGGAUAUACCGGGGACGGCUGCAAUAAAGAAAUCGCUUGCCGAGAGGAACGGAUCCGAGAUUAUUUCCAAAAGCAGCAAGGUUACGCCGCGUGCCAAACGACCCAGAAGGUUCUGAGACUCGAGUGUCAAGGGGGCUGUGUGAACGGGCAAUGUUGCAGGCCGCUAAGAAGCAAAAAGAGGAAAUACCUUUUUGAAUGCACCGAUGGCUCCUCCUUCAUAGGCGAGGUUGAAAAAGUGGUGAGAUGCGGCUGCACUCAGUGCCUCUCUUAAGAGACAUACUUUUCCCACACUCAUUUUUUUUUCUGAAAAAAUCCUGUAUCAGCCACUUCUCGGACUAAAGUAAGGCUUCGUAGUGGAUAUAUAUUGUAAAAUACAGAACAGGCUUAUUUUUAUUACGACAAUAAAGAACUGUUUCUUUAAUUACAAAAAAAAAAAAAGUCAAAAAACGAGUGCUCAAAGAGACUUCUUGAAACUCCAAGGACUUGAAGAAGGAAAUAUGUAUAUGUAAAAAAAAAAGACCUGAUAAAAUUUCAACCAGGAUAGGAAAAAUUCCACUACUUUUAACACCCAACGUUCUUCAACCCACUCUGAAGAUAAAGAAGCCCUUGGCUCAAUUAUCUUUCCGUCUGAUCCUCGUAUCGAUGGGAGAGAAUAUAAAGUUUUUCUUUUUAAUGUACUUUAACUAUAGCUGGGGCGGGGGAGCAGGUUUCACUUUGGUUUGGUUUUAUUUCCUUCACAAGACCGAGAAGAAAGCUCUCAGGUGGAGGAAGAGACCCAUUUUUACAAGAUGAAAAAAGUAAAAAAAAAAGUGAUGCAUUUUGUACAGUGUAAAAAAAAAGUUGAGAAAAUGAGAGCGUUUGUUAAUUCACAAUUAUCCUAAGAUCUUCUAACACAUUUUUUUUUAAUGUUAGCAUGUUACAAAGAAAGGAAGAAAGAAAGAAAGCAUUUACCCACCCUCUUACAGUAUUAAUUUUUUUUUGUAAUAUAAAUGAUAAGAUUGAUAAAAUAGAUUAUGGUUGAGAAAAUUAGAUAUAAUGCGGAGUUUUGUUUCUAUGAAUCCUGAACAGCUCUAUACAGUAUUCUGUUUAUUGAGAAAUAUUUAUUAUAUCAAAGUACACUGUACUUAACAUCUAGACCAAACUUUUUACUCCCCCACCCAAUGCUUUAAUAUAUAUUAAUUUAUAUU